AUUCAUUAUACUCAUCCGCGCAAAACCACCCCGACCAGAUCUGACCAGUCAACCCGAUCUCUGCCCGGAACGUGGAACGUCAAACGUCAAAAGCAGAAAGCAGAACAGCAAACAGGCUGCAGCCGCUAAUUCGUCGACAGAGUCGAGAUAUGCAUGCAGUUCAUAGAAACUUAUUUCUUUCAACAUGAAUUCAACCACCUUUCUGUUGGUGUUUGCAUGUGUGUUAAGCUUAUCAAUUGCUUCAAGAGUCAUUGAACUGAGUGACAGGUUUCUGGACAUACGUCGAGAUGGCCAAUGGUUGAUUAUGUUCUAUGCUCCCUGGUGUGCCCAUUGCAAACGCCUGGAACCUAUUUGGGCUCAUGUUGCUCAAGCCCUAACUAACACUAAUGUGAGGGUUGGCAAGGUUGACUGCACCAGAUUUUCUUCCUUGGCUACUGAGUUUAAAGUGAAUGGUUUUCCAACCAUCAUGUUUAUGAAAGGUGAUGCAGAGUUCACCUACAAUGGAGAUCGAACCAAAGAAGAGAUAAUGAAAUUUGCUCUGCGAGUAUCAGGACCACCGGUUCAAUCAAUCCAGCGACCUGAAAGUUUGGACAACCUGAAGGGUACUCAAGAUCAUUUCUUUGUUUAUGUUGGAACUCAAACUGGACCUCUCUGGGAAGCCUAUUUUGAUGUUGCUGAAAAAUUCCAGCCGCAUGCAUUCUUCUAUGCUACAUCUCCAAAUAUUGCCAAAAUGCAUGUAAAAAUAGAUGAUACUCCUGCCAUAUUUGUCUACAAAGAUAAUAGUCACUUUUUCUUUCAAGAAAUUACAACAACUGAAGCACUAAAUACAAGCAUUGCUGAUUGGAUUAAUCGGGAACGGUUCACACAGUUUCCUAAAGUGACACGGGGCAAUUUGAAUCAGCUGAUGAAAACUGGAAAGUACUUGGUCUUAGCAGUUGUGGAGGAAAACAAGCUAGAGGAAGUCCCUGCACAAAUGCUUGAAUUCAAGGAUAUGGUUGAAUCAGUCAUUGUAAAACACAGAACGAAGUAUCAUAGACAUUUUCAGUUUGGUUGGGUUGCUCAGCCCGACUUGGCUAAUUCAAUUGCAAUGCAAAAGCUUCCCUUGCCAUCAUUAAUGAUUGUCAAUUCAACAACAAAUCAUCAUCACUUUCCUGAUGAUGAUCCAGCACAGCUGACUGCAGAGGCCAUAGUGAUGUUCCUUGAACAAACUCUCAGUCAAUCACUGCCGAUAUAUGGUGGCAACUCAUGGCCAGUGCGAGUUUAUCGUGCUUACUUCGAGAUGAUAACGGCGGCAUCUGAUAUGUGGAAAGGAAAUCCUGUCCUGACAACAGUUUUGUUUGGCCUUCCAUUUGGGUUUCUUUGUCUCAUUUGCUAUUCAAUUUGUUGUGCUGACAUUAUGGAUGCUGAUGAGGAGGAGGAGGAAGAAGAAGAACCUCUACAUGAAAAAAGAGAAUAAAUUACCCCUUAUACAUGUGGUGCACUUGAUAGGCUGUGGAAUCCAUGAUCUCUUGGAUGAGUGUAUGCUUAAAAUUUAAAGGACAAAAUCUAGUCAAAUUUGGGUGGACUUGUCAAAUGAUGAGUAUACAUGUGUCAUAUUAGCUUCUCAUGCUAUAUCUGUGCUAAUGUUUUGCUCAUUCCAUAGACGUCUUUUCUUGUCAGUUUGAGAUUAAUUUAGGUCACUGUCCAUCAUGAUAACUUCACUUUUCAUUUAUUAUAAUUAAAAGAUCCUAUGGUGUUUCCAGAACUUUUUGUACUUUGUUAAUACGUAACUUGAAAGAAUUUGUUUUUGCAAUUAUUGAUUUAGCGACCCUAUUUUGCUUUUUACAUUUCCUCACAAUCAUGGUAUGCUCUUACUUCAUAUCUUUUAUUGACCAAGACACACUCAAGUAAAGUACUUACAAUUAGCUGGGAGAAGUGGGACAUGCAUUUGAAUGGCAAAAUAGUUUUAUGGGGUGAUUUUUUUUUCUCUCUGUUUUAUAUUACCUGAACAAAAUGUUGUAUGUUUACUAGGUUGCUAAAGUAAUGUUCAUCCCUUCUGUUUCCUGUCUGCCUUAUAUGUUAUACUUUGUUCAUUUCUUCCAAUGUUAUCCUUUGUACAAGGGUUAUCUUUGAUUUUAAUAUUCUAUUGCCAUCUAGUCGGUUAUCUAUGUUUUGGUGUUUGAUUUACAGGCAGACUUCUUGUUGAUAUGGUUUUACUAGUUCUAUGUACUUAAGUUAAAAUAAUUGCUCAUAGUGUGUUCAUGAUGUCCUGUACAUUUAUAUAUUGUAGGUGAUCCCUGUAAUUUAUCUUCCCAAGCAGAUCAGACUUUUGCCUUUGGUUAGACUAUUGGACUGCAGUGCGAAUGACAAAUGAUGAAGAAAAUAACAAUAAUAAACUUUCUUACUGUUUGAGUUA